AUGGGACCAUUUCCUCCAUCCUAUGGUCAACAAUAUAUACUGGUGGCAGUGGACUACGUGUCCAAAUGGGUUGAAGCUGUGGCUUUGCCAACUAAUGACGGCCGAGUAGUGAUUCAAUUUCUGAAGAAAAAUAUUUUCACGAGGUAUGGCACCCCGAGGGCAAUUAUUAGUGACGGUGGAAAACAUUUUUGCAACCGCUUAUUUGCUUCGCUAUUGGCCAAAUAUGGAGUGAAACAUCAUGUCUCGACUCCAUACCACCCUCAGACUAGCGGAACAGCAUUUAAGACUCCAAUUGGCAUGUCUCCAUAUCGACUGGUAUUUGGAAAAGCUUGUCAUCUGCCGGUUGAGUUAGAGCAUAAAGCAUACUGGACAACACACUUGCUCAAUUUCAAUAUGAGAGCAACAGGAGAAAAGAGGGUUCUACAACUUCAUGAGCUAGAUGAGUUUUGUUUGGAUUCAUAUGAGAAUGCAAAGAUUUACAAGGAAAAGACCAAGAAAUGGCACGACAGGCAUAUAAGGGAGAAGGAGUUUGAGGUUGGUCAACAAGUAUUGAUGUUCAAUUCACGCCUCAAGCUUUUUACGGGAAAGCUAAAGUCCAGGUGGUCCGGUCCAUUCACAGUAGUUGCUGUGUUUCCAUAUGGUGCUGUUGAAGUGGUGUCUCAAGAUCAACAAAGGAGGUUCAAAGAACAUGACGUCAUGGAAUACUCAAACCAAUAUCGACCAAGGGGAAAGCAUGAUAAGAAAGAUUAUCUGGCCGUCAGCUACAGUGAAAGUUUACGAAUAAAAAGGAAUGGAAGGAAAGAAGCAAAAAGGGCGGAAAUAGCAAAAUCCAAAAAACGGCGGGGAAGAAAGAAAAAAAACCUAGAGAAGAGAUACAGGAGAAAAAAAAAGAGAGCUGCUAGGUUAAUAGAUCCUGACAAUUUCACGGCAGCUUUGGGGGAAUUAAUAAGGCUAUUUGCGGCUGAAAUAUAUAUACAAAUUGGAGAAAAUAGGAGGCAGAACCUGGUGGAGAAAAAGUCACAACUGUCGGCUGAAAAACAAGGGAGAAAGAAAGGGAAAUAUGGCUGGAAUUGA